UCUACACAGAUGUCUGUUUAAUCGAGACACAAUGGCACACAAACUCCCACAAACACACUCUGGACAACAGCGCAGGUUUAUCUAUCCCAGAGUGCACUUUGGCUCUGGGAGCGAAAAGUCAACACGUUCACAGUCCUAUAUAAACAGGCUGGGUCACUGGAGCCUCUUACUCAGUUUUCUGGAGAGGAAUACAAUACGAGUGACACCAUGAAUAAGCUGCUGGUCAUCACCGUGCUGGUUGCACUCCUCGCUCUCAAUGCUGAGAGCUUCCGUGUGUCGAGGCAGACUGAGGAGGAGGUGGAGGUGCAGCGGGUGGAGCCGGUGGAGCCGGUGGAGGAGGGGACUCUGACUAAGCUCACAGACGCAGUCAAGUCCUACUAUGCCGGCGCUGUCAACACAGCCAGUGAAUACCUGGAGAACAUCAAGGGGCUGAAGCUGGAGGAGAAGGCAAAGAACCUUUACUCUGAAACCACCAACAUCAUGAGCACCUACUCUGGAAUCAUGCAAGACCAGAUGUACUACAUCUUUUACCAAAACUAAACAAAAACUGAUUUCAGCAACCCUUUCUGACAGCAUGAGGACUUGCCACAAGAAAGGUCAAAACGUUGUUUGACUUUUUGAGCUUUUUCACAUCUCACACAAGCCUCAGCACCUACAAAAAUGGACUUCCUGCUCUGUGUGGCGCUUACUCAGACCAUUCUACUGGUGCUACGUGAUGAUAACCAUCAAAAGAGGAAUGUAAUCCUUCGAAAAAACAAAUAACAGCUUGCACAGAAGAACAACAACAGAACCAGUUGGAGUCAACUUAUCAUGCACCAACGGCAUUUUCCCUGGCUGGAAAACAAACACGUAUAAUUUAACCAUCUAUCGCCACCUAAGGGUUUCUUUUCAGUCAUUUCACCUCCGAAAAAGUUUAAAUAUCGGUGUCAGAUCUUGAAAUAAAAUAUUUAUACAACCAAAA